GCGUACGUAUUCAGUUUGUUAAAUUGGGUUUGCGGAAAUUUUCACCAAGUAGGAGUUACAUAUAAAAGCGAAGUUUGGCGAAUGUAUCUACCGUCGGAAAAUGUAAAUCAAGCUUGACUUUCCCUGCAAAAACAUUGUAAUUAAAUGCAAAUAAAAGUUUUUGCCGCGAGCAGCAGACUGAUAUCGCAAUCGUAUUAAUUUCAGCUUCGGAUAAUUUGCAGUAGCCCAUAUGGUAGAGCCGCAGCGCAACCCGUGAACGCAGCCAAUAACCGCAUACGUUCAAAUUCACACUUACAGCACACAAACAUACAUUCAAAUACAGACAUACUCAACAACUACACACCUCGUACAAGGGAAACUACUUUAUUCCAACAUCAUGAAAUCCACUUUGAUUUGGUUAUUGCUAGCCGGUGUUGGUGCCGUGUUGCUGUUGGGUGACAGCGUCGACGCCUGGAAUCGACAGUUCUUCAAUCGCUACUCUCGCAACUGGUUACGGAGUAAUGCUGACGGUGCAGCCGGCGCAGGCGGUGGUGUUGGUUUUGGCGGAAACACAGGCGAAGCACAGCAAAUUGACGAUUUCAACGCAAUCUUCGGACUAAGUAACGAUAUGAGCCUGCACGGCAAUAGUGGCGUAGGCGUUGGCGGCGCAAAUAUCGGCAGAGUUGGCAAUAGAGGUGGCGGAGACAGCGGCGGCGGAACUGCAAGUGCAGCAGGCAUUGGUUUUCCGGCCUUCGGUGGUGGCUACGAUGUGGACACAGGCGGUUUCGGUGGUGGUCAACAGCAGCCGGAAAUAUAUGGCAUCGUGGAACCACUAAUAGAGGAUACACCUUGCGUAGAUCGCGCAUGUCAAGUCAAUGAUGAUUGCUGUCCUACAGGUGUCUGCGUCAAUACCUAUGGCGAAGGUAAAUGUAUUUACGUUUAUGGUCGUAAACGCGAUCUUUGCCAUCGCAAUACGGACUGUGAGCUGGGCAUGUCAUGCUUGAAAAGCGCAGCUGGUAAUCUGAUGUGUCAACCGAGUGCAUCUACGACUCAUCUAUUGAAUGGCAUCGGUGGUGGUGGCGAUGUUGGCAUUGGUGGUGUAUCUAGUGUCGGCAAUAACGCUGUUGGCGCAAAUAUUGUAACUGCUCCCAAGAUGUCGUUGAAUGUAAAGCAAUUUGGCGAGGAUUGUGCAACAUCUAGCGACUGUAAUGUGGCCAAUGGCCUAUGCUGUCGACUACAACGGGCUCACCAUCGCAUGCGUCCACGCAAAUUAUGCGCUUACUUCCGGGAUCCUUUCAUGUGCAUCGACAUAAUGCCGUCGGAAGAUGAGGAAGUACGCGAUUCGCGCUUCCUAUCCGCUUUCAGUCAGCGGCGCAUGUAAUGAGGCAGUGAAAGUUAAACGUGAAGGGGAAAGAAGGAAGUACCAUACAAACGAAGACAUACAUACUUACAAAUCAACAGUUCUUUAACAAAUAUAUACAAGCAAUCAAUACAAGCAAGCACAUACACAUACAUACGUUUACACAAGCAUACAGAGGAAACGCAGCGGCAAGUAAAUGGAAGAGAAAUGUUGAAUAAAUAAAGGCAAUGAAGAAACAAUCAUGUUGAAUAAUUACGAUUUUGAAAGCAAAGAAUAAAAGUAAAAUUAAAAAUAAUAAUAAGUGAAUUACACAAAAAUAUAAGAUCAAAGCUACAUAUCAAGCAAAGUUAAACUUUAUAUUUAAGAAAACUAAAAAAACAAACGGCACAAACUAAUGUCAAAUAAAUUUAAUCUAAAACAAUAAAAAACAUAUCAUUUACUUCGAGCAUUGCGAACAGGAAAAUUUGAUGACAAAGUUUGAAUUAUACAUUUAGUGUUACUAAGACCCACACAAACAUAACCAAAGAAUUAUAAAUGUAUUAAAAAUGUAUUAUUACACAGAGUACACUCAGAGUAUAUGUGCAAACAUACAUAUACAUUCAAAAGUUUAUUAAAUAUACAUACAUACAAAUGAACUUAAAAACAUUUCCAAAAUUAAAUGUUAUUUGAAAUAUUAAAAAAAAAAACAAAUUAACGGCAAAAAUAUAUGAUUAGAAAUAAAUAAAAAAAAAUUUUUGAAAAAUAAAAACUUAACAAAUAACAUACAUACAGACGUUUAAACGAAUUAAAAUAAUUUGCUAACACACAAGAGAAUUAACUAAACCAAAUUGUACUGGCUGAGGCAUAUAUUAUAAUUAACUUAUAUUAAAAUCAAUGUGUAUCAAAAUAUAUGUAUUAUAAUUACACAUAUAUGUAUGUUUAAGAAACUACUUUUAAGUGCAUUCAAAAGAAUUAUUGAACCAAAGAGAAAAUAUAAUUAUAAGCAUGCAAAUUAAAAAUUUUAAUUGUAAAAAAUAAACAACAAAAAAAAAUAAGGAAAAAAGAUUGAACGAACCAAUGCAUAUCCCCCAAUGAGUCCACCAAUAAUUUAUGUAUGUAUAUCUGAAUGUGUUAACAUUAACAAAUUGGAUAUAAUGAAAUCAAAAAAAAAAAUGGAUAUUUAAAAAAAUACAGUUGUCUUGCAUUUCUUUGAGUAAACAAAUGUCAUUUCCAUAAUUUAAGUGUACAUUUUGAAAUUGUUGUAUGAAAAUUUGAAAAAUUAUAUUACAAACUUAUAUACGAGUACAUAUAUUGUAGGUCAUAAUUUUCUCAUACUAAUACAUAAUAAAAAUGUGUCAUUGUUUUUAGAUAUAUAUAUGUAUUUUACAAAACUAAACAAAAGCCAAAGAGAAGGAGAUCGAGUGCAGCAGAUGACUGUAGCAAGAGCAUUUGCUUAGCGAGCAUAUGAGAAUUGUUUUCAUUUGACAAAAUCCUAUUUUCCGAGCAAAAAUCUUUUCGAAAUAUGUAUUUAAAUAUAUAAAUUAAACACUAAUUAUAUGUGCAAUAAAGAAG